UAUCCCAGCAUGCACGUGUGCCCAUAUCCUGGCGGAAGUCCGUUUCUAAGAUUGUUUUUCCACUGCUUCAGCGCGUCAUCACGUAGCGCCGAUCUCUCCCGGCUUGUGUGUGUGACGCGGGCGGCCUCCGUGUGUUUAUCCUGGAUGUAGGGACUGAGCGGGGAGAGGAGUUAGUUCCGGGGAUGGACGGCACUGGGGAAACGACAAGUCGCGGGAAUCCCUUGGCACUUCCCUGGGAUCGCUUCUCCGCCUGGCUGCACGCUAUCUGUGUGGUGGGCUUUGAUCUGGAGCUGGGCCAGACCGUGGAGGCUCUGUAUCCCCCUCAUGCCAAUGUGACAGAUAAAGAGAAAACCAGCAUUUGUUACCUGUCGUUUCCAGACUCCAAUUCAGGUUGUCUUGGAGACACACAGUUUUGCUUCAGAUUCCGACAGUCGACUGGAAGGAGGGCCUCCCUGCACUGUGCCACCGAUCUGACCGACAGAGACUCUCCGGUUUAUUUGAAGAAAGAUCCAGCCUGUUUCUAUGGUUACGUUUAUUUCCGGCAAGUCAGAGACAAGACGUUGAAAAGAGGCUAUUUCCAAAAGUCCUUAGUUCUGAUCAGCAAGCUCCCGUACAUCAAUUUCUUCCACACUGUACUGAAGCAACUCGCACCAGAGUAUUUUGACAGGGGUGAGCCGUGCUUGGAAGCAGCCUGUAGUGACAUCGACAGAUGGCCAGCUCCUGUGCCAGGCAAAACCUUGACUCUGCCAAUUAUGGGGGUUGUAAUAAAGGUGCGAAUUCCAACCCGAUAUGAUAAACCGGGAACAACCCAGAUAGUAGAGCAAAGUCAGCAGUCUGAAGCACAGAUUUCUGUUACUUUACCGACCAUCCAUGAAAUUGAUCUUUUCAGGUGUUUUUCCCCAGUUCUCUUCCACAUUCAGAUGGUUUGGGAGCUUGUGCUUCUGGGAGAGCCCCUUGUGGUUAUGGCUUCUUCACCAUCCCAGUCAUCGGAGACAGUUUUAGCUCUUAUUGGCUGCAUCUCCCCACUGAAAUACUGCAGUGACUUCAGGCCUUACUUCACCAUCCACGAUACUGAGUUUAAGGAGUACACCACACGCACGCAGGCCCCGCCAUCCGUCAUCUUCGGUGUCACAAAUCCAUUCUUUGCCAAGACGUUACAGCACUGGCCGCAUAUCAUCCGCAUUGGCGAUGUCAGACUUGCAGGGGACGUCCCUAAGCAAGUCAAAGUGAAGAAGCUGAAAAACCUCAAAACCUUGGAUUCUAAACCUGGCGUCUAUAGUUCCUACAAGCCCUACCUGAACCGAGACGAGGAGAUCAUCAAACAGCUACAGAAGGGAGUUCAGCAGAGGAGACCGACUGAGGCUCAGAAUGCGAUACUGCGGCGACAUUUCCUUGAGCUGACGCAGAGUUUUAUCAUCCCUCUAGAGAGGUAUGUUGCGGGGCUAAUGCCGCUGCUAAAGAGUGUGUGUGCAUGGAAGAGCCCUCCCCAGAUAAAGCCCUUCAGCCUGGAGGAGUUCAUGAAAUCACUGGAAAGAGCUGGGCCUCAGCUGACUUCUAAGUUAAAAGGAGACUGGAUCGGCCUCUACAGGCAUUUCUUGCGCUCCCCCAACUUUGACGGCUGGUUCAGAAUGCGCAGAAAAGAGAUGACGCAGAAGCUCGAGGCGCUGCAUUUGGAAGCUCUUUGCAAUGAGGACUUGCUCAUCUGGGUGCAGAAACACACGGAAGUUGAAGCUGUGGAUCUGGUUUUAAAGCUAAAGAAUAAACUGGCUCAGGCCCAGCGAGAGGAGAUUCCUGUAAAGGCAGAGACUGUGGAGAAGCUGCAGAACCACGUGUGUUCCAUUAUCCAGGAACUCCCAGAAGAUCUGCAGGGAAUCCUACUGAAGACGACCCACUCCUGAUUACUAGUCACAUCUUUAAGAGACUUCCAUGGGGCCCCGCAUCUACCUGUGCCCGGCUCUAUGUCCUGACGGAACUUGCCAGUGGGGGGGCAGCUGGCUCCGACGUGGUUCUUACGGGACCAAGAAACAAACAAACUAAUUCCCGAAAGGAGCAGCAAUAAUAAAUGUUAUUAACUUGUGCCACAUGGACAGAGGGACUGAUGAACCUGAAUCACAUUAGUAACGGAGAUGCCAUGUUAGCUCCCAUUGUUCUCUAGUCCUACAGGUAAGACGUGUCCUGUUUCAAGGCUUGGCCCGUAGGUUUCAAUUGAACGAUAUCCAGUCCAGCGCACGUGGACAAAUAAUUGUCUCAAAUAAUCCCCCCCCCCUAAAGGGCCAUGGUACAUAAUUUAACAUGUGCCACGUUCUUGCUGAGACUUCACUGCAUUUGCCACAACUUGUGUAGAGAAGGUAAGACACGUGAUUGGCUCCUGAGAUCCAUGUGACGGCAGCCGAUUGGUGUGAGCAGUUCCUGUGGUGCCUGUCUCCUACACAUGAUCGUCCUCCCGUAUUUAAUAAGGUUAUAUACACCCCCCAAAUCUCUAGGCUUUUGGGAUUCAGUAUAACAAAAUGAUGAAACAUUCAAACAUAAACCAAACAUCCCUUUACUUUAGUGAGACCAGAUAUGGGCCAGAUCUUGUUGAACUACAACUCCCAGCACCUUGCUGGCUUAUGCCAAUGGGUAUUUGUCUGCCACCAUCAAUAAUGUGCAGUUUACCUCUCUUUAUUCACAUCAUUUCCAUGACUGUUACAUGCUGCCUUGAUCAUUCUGUUUCAGGGCCACUUGGGAGCCGGUACAGCCUGGAGAUUUGCACCGGGAGUGGGUGAAAACUGUUUAUUUAAAGCCUGUGGCCGUUUGUAGCCCAAGCGUAAAAUUGUCUCACGCACAUACUGCAAGCAGUGCUGGCACUGCCCCUUUUCUAAGAAAUUCCUGAAACCAAUCAGGUUUUAAUAUUUGUGCACAUUUUAUCAUGUGAUCAAACUAAGCUCCGCCCUCUGCAGCCCAACAACCGAGGAUGAUGGGAGUAGUCGUUUAACUACAGAAGGAGGGGCUGUUGCAUCUGUGCAAAUAAACAUGACUCCAUAUUAAGAAAUAAAGGGGAAAUUCAUCUUAAUCGUAACUUUUAGUAAGUUGUAGACAAUGAAAUUCCCAGGCAAUGAUUUACUUGUUUCCAUUUUUUUGGUAGUUUUUGAAUAAUUUCUUAAUAAUCUGCACUUCUGCUUCUCUCUCUGGUUACUAGGGUCACAGAUGCCUGGCAACCAGAAAGAAGAUUCAUCUUGAGGUUCAGUGAUUAAUCUCUUUUAUUAAUGUUUCUAUCCAGGCCUUUAUUAGCCAUUUCCCAGUCAGUUACUUAAACCCUGCCUGAGUUACUAGGGUCAAUGGGCCCCUAGCAACCAGAUAAUUGCUUACUAUCCAGACUAGACAGCUGUUGGACUGAAUCCAAAAAUGACACAAAAAAGUCAAUUUUAGGCAAAUGUAUCCUUUGCAGGAAUCCAGAUGAGACCGGGUGCAGCAGUGACUGGCAAUAGACAACUUAUUCUUGCUCACUGUUUUUAUUCAUUAAAAUCUUUUUUUU